UCACAACCUUGAGAGCCUCUAUCAACUGCACCUGAAUCCAAACUCAGCUCGUAAGGAUAUCGAGCUGUAGUCUGUCUCUCAGUGGGUUCUUGAAUACGAACUGUUGAGGUGGGCACCACCCAAAAAAAGACGUGCGUGGCUUGAGGUGUCAUCCGUCAAUCGGAGGAACUCAUUGGCUCGCUCCGGCAGAUGCGGGAGUGAUCCACGGAUAGGGCAUCCAUCCGCCCAUCCAUCACCUUACAGUCUUCGGUCAACCCAAUCCUUUCUUAGGCUCUCUAACAAAGAUACGCGAAUAGUAACACGGUUACCCGCUGUCUCAGUCUGGAAGGAUACGAACUCAUACUCUCUACUCUGGGGUUUAGCGGUCUGCACAGAAGCUCGUUUAGUCUUUGAUAGCGGCAAGCAAUAA